UCAGUUUAUUCACAUACCCGUCAACAGCACACAACCGAUCAUCAUGAAAUCAAUCUUAAUUGUUCUUUUCGCUAUUAUUGUGGUCAUCGCAGCAGCACCAAGCCAAAUUUCAAAUAACAAUGUUGGUGACAUCGUCAACGUUGGAGUUACAGCAGACUUGGAUGUCAUUAACCAAAUUGACUACACCAGAGUUGACGUCGAUCUUAUCUGGAAGAACUUGCAAGCUUUAAUUGUUGCUCUUGGCGGUGAUAAUAAUCCAGAAGUACAAUCUAAAUUAGUUCAAAUGUUUACACAGUUGCUUGAACAACAGGAAUAAUCUGUGAAUUUUUAUUUUAAGAAGUAUAUCCAAUAAAAAAUGUUCUAAUUUUCGGAAC